AUGUACUUGAAACGACCUUCACCGGUAACUGCACCUGCUGAGGAAGAAAAACCUGCUGCUAAUGAGGAGAAAACGCUUGAAGAAGUUAUCUAUGGCGAAGAUGAGGAAGUGAACAUCACUGAUAUUUGGGAUCAGCCUGAUAAUCCGAUCUCAUGGCAACAUACCGCUCAAGUUACUAUGAAACAGUUGGAGCAUACCCGAGAGCUGUUGAAUGAAAGUGAAGCAACGAAUGCACGAUUGUUGGAGCAAACAAAAUUGCUGAAAGAGGAAAUUCGUCGGUUGGAGCGUAACAGGGAACGUGAAAAUCAUUUAACCAAUACCGAAUAUUUGAAAAAUAUAAUCAUGAAGUUUGUUGCACCCGAAAAAGUAUCUGAUGAACGUGGUCAAUUGAUACCAGUGCUGGAAACAAUGCUGAAAUUGACCAGCGAUGAGGUCAAGUUGCUUAACCAAGUGGCACAAGGUAAUUAUUUCAGUCUCUUUUCAACGAUUUUUUUAUUUUAUUACUUUAAUCAGCUUCUAUUUUAUUACAGUGAUUCUUCUCGCCAUUGA